GGGCGUGCGGCGGCGGUGCGGGCUUUGUGGCCGCCCGGGGUUGCGCGCCUGGAUGCGGCUCGGCUUGGUUCCGCGCUGUCCUCUCGGCGCCGGGCUCCGGACUCUCCCGUAGGAGCUGGUGGCCAGAAGGGGAUCCUGAAGCUGAAUUUCCAGGGAUGAAAACUCACAUACGAUGAUGUCAGACAAACUCACAGUGCUGGAGCCCUCUGCCUCGAAGACCGGGGAAUUUCCUGAAGACAGAUUGGCGCAGCUGUUGGGAAACCCGGAAACACAGAGCCUGGAGAGCCCCUCCUGUCAGGACGGGGGCUUCACUCAGAUGACAGUGGCCCACUGGAAAAUUCAAACAGGAGACACAGCCCCAGUGUGUAGUAAGUCAGGAAGAAAUCCCAUUCUCGACUCCAACCUUCUUAUCCUUCAGAGAGAGCUGAUAGAAGGGGAGACCCGUUCCUGUGGCGUGGGUGGCAAAAGUUUCCCAUUUAAUUCAAAUGUAGUUCCACAUCCGGUUUCUCACGCGGGGGAGAAGCCGUAUAAAUGUGAUCACUGUGGGAAAGGCUUCAGUCAAACCUCCCUCCUCACUGAACACCAAAGAGUCCACACCGGGGACAGACUCUAUGUGUGCAAUGUGUGUGGGAAAGACUUCAUUCACUAUGCAAACCUAAUGGAGCAUCAGCUUGUACACACAGGAGAAAAGCCGUUCAAGUGUGCACAGUGCGGAAAAGCAUUUUGUCACAGUUCAGACCUGCUUCGGCACCAGAGGGUUCAUACCAGAGAGAGGCCUUUUGAAUGCAAAGAGUGUGGGAAAGGCUUCAGUCAGAGCUCCUUACUCAUUCGCCAUCAAAGAAUUCACACAGGAGAAAGACCCUAUGAGUGUAAUGAGUGUGGAAAAUCCUUCAUUCGGAGCUCGAGCCUUAUCCGCCAUUACCAGAUCCACACGGAAGUUAAACAGUACGAGUGCAGAGACUGCGGCAAGGCCUUCCGACACCGCUCGGACCUCAUCGAGCACCAGAGAAUUCACACUGGAGAGAGACCCUUUGAGUGUCACGAGUGUGGGAAGGCCUUUAUUCGAAGCUCAAAGCUCAUUCAGCAUCAGAGAAUUCAUACUGGAGAAAGGCCUUAUGUAUGCAAUGAGUGCGGAAAGCGUUUCAGUCAGACAUCUAACUUCACUCAGCACCAGAGGAUCCACACUGGGGAAAAACUCUACGAGUGUAACGAAUGUGGGAAGGCGUUCUUCCUGAGCUCGUACCUUAUACGACACCAGAAAAUCCACACUGGCGAGCGGGUGUAUGAGUGUAAAGAGUGCGGGAAGGCUUUUCUGCAGAAGGCCCACCUCACUGAGCAUCAGAAGAUCCACACUGGAGACCGACCCUUUGAGUGCAAAGACUGUGGGAAAGCCUUCAUCCAGAGUUCGAAGCUACUGCUGCAUCAGAUCGUUCACACUGGAGAGAAGCCCUAUGUGUGCAGCUACUGCGGGAAAGGCUUCAUUCAGAGAUCCAACUUCCUUCAGCACCAGAAGAUGCACACCGAAGAGAAGCUCUACAAGUACAGUGAGCAUGGGAAAGAUCUCGCCCCGCCCCCAGACCUUGUUCCCCAGGAGAAUCUUUCGCUGAGCGAGACCUCCGUUCAUUUAGGAGAGACAGCUACAGAUCAGGAGCGUUGCGGAGAGAAUUUCUAACACGGUCACUCUGAGUCAGGCGGUGCUUGUAAACAGGCAUACUUAGUACACAUGUGGCCUGGAAGAUGUGGGUUGUCACAGUUUUUCAAGUCCUAGAUGGGCUGGUUUUGGUCUGUCAUCUGAAGGACCGGACAGCUGACUUUGAGCUGUACACUGAGGGAGAGCCUCUGGAGAAUAUUCUAGAUUUUACUUGAAGUUAGAACACACCCUCAAGUUAAAUCCUUUCAGAGAAGA